UAUACAAUUAUUUUAAGUUUUUUGUAUAUAUACUGGUCACUCGCCCUUUGUGUUGAGCCACAAGCACAAGUUGAAAAAUGCUGACCGCACAUGAUAUUUUCAUGCUCCAGUUCAUGAACAAUUCGGAGCGCAAGAGUGUCUACAUGCAAAUCAAGGAUCUUGUGCAGAAGGCGCAAAAUACGGCAAAGAAGGAACUGGAGCAACGACGCAAGCGUCUGCACUUGCAGCUGGAACACGAAGAUCACGUCUAUCAGGAAGAGUUUUCCAUUAAGGUUAAAUCGCGCAUCGACGAAGAUAUUAAAAAGCGCAAGGAUGCUUUGCUGAAAAUCAAAGAAGAGCGCGAUCGACAUCAUCAAGAAUUCUUAGAACAUAUGCGGAUACAACGGCAACUGGAGGAUUGUUUUGAGAUACGCGCCGCACUGAAUCGCAAAGAGACCAUGCAAGUUAAAGAAACUCAGCUGGAGCAAAUCACGGAGAAGCAACGCGCCUUCGUGCGUGAAAAUCUGAAUGAUAAGUACUGGCACAAAGUGUUCGUAGCCAAUGAGCAGCAUCAGGAAAAACUGCUCGAAAGUGAAAGGAACUUGAUAAAAUGCAUGCAACGCCACACAAGUAACAUAUUGGACAAACAGGUCGCCGAACACAAGCGUCAGCGGGAGGAAGAACUUGAGCAAAAGCGCAUAGAAGCCGAGCGCUUGAGCAAAGUUUUGGAAGAAAUACGCUUGGAGAAACUCGAAUUGCCGCGCACAACGCCGCAAACGCUCGCUUAUCGUAAAGACCUACUGGAUAUGAUGGCCGAGAAAACGGCCGAACGCAAGGCCGAAGAGCGCGAGCGUAUGGCCGAGCAUCGUGCGCUCAUGCGGGAGAUAGCAUGCGAGGAGCAACAUAACAACGCGGCGCUCGAGCAGCGAAAGCGCGCCGUCUACAAAGCGACGAUGGAUUUCAUUGACUAUGCGCGACGCAUGCACAAAUUGCAAGAGGAAGCCGCAGCGGCACGCAGCGCACGCAUCGACGAUUUGAAACACGUUGACGAUUGCGUCAAAGUGAAAGCAGAACUCGCACGCAAGGCGGAUCUGGCAGCGCUCUACUAUGCUGAGUUGCGGCGUCAGCGGUGUGAAGAGUACGAGCGACGCUUGCGUGAGGCGCAGGAACUGCGUGAAAACAAGAUCAUUGAAAAUCGCUUUGUGCGUUCGGAAAAGACAAGGGCGGAAAUUAUGGCGGAGCAGCGGAAAAUGCGUGAAGAGCUGGAACGGCAAUUGGCCGAAAAUGUGCGCAUACAAGCUGAAGAGGAGGCGAAAUAUAAUAAACAUUUGCAAUUGGUAUCGGAAGAUAGGGACUUUUGCCAGAAGUUGGCGGAGCAGUACAUCAGCGAGAAAAAGGACUAUCUUCCGGCACAUCCCAACUGGGUUAUUUAUUCGUGCCCCCGCAAGGAGUAUGUCGCAAAGUGUACUAAUGAGGCGGACAUUUUGGACCAGAUGAAUACUUGCUUGCGGCCGUGUGCCUGUGGGGCGCGCACUCACAACGACUGCGUGCAGCACAGUUUCUUGUCGCAACUGAAGCGCGGACCAAACGCCGAUAAAAUGCUGAGUUAUAAAACUGAUUGCUGGGCACAGGGGUGA